GUAGAGCACUUAAUCAGACACAGAGAGGAGCGGUGCCGUGUGAAUGGGCGAGGGGGAAGAGAAGGGCCUCGUUUACCCGACUCAAUCCAUAAAAGAACAACAGCCAGCCAGUCCUGCUGAAGGAUUAGCUCCCUGUCCAUGCUAACAUGGGCCUCCCCUCGGUGAUGGUGUUGCCCCUGCUAAUAGUCGUCGCAGCAGGGGUGUACUACAUCUACAAUGAGGUCUUACAGUUCAUGUCCAAGAGCUUAGUGCGCAACAAAGUCGUGGUGAUCACCGAUGCCGUCUCAGGAGCGGGCGCUGAAUGUGCCCAUCUCUUCCAUAAGGCCGGUGCCAGACUCAUUCUGUGUGGAACUACCUGGGAUAAGCUGGAAUCCCUGUACGACUCUCUGACUACUGACUCUGAUCCAAGAGAGACAUUUGCCCCAAAGCUGGUGAUCCUGGAUUUCAGUGACGUGGACAGCAUGGAGGAUGUGGUGGCUGAGGUCAUGGAGUGCUACGGCUACGUGGAUGUGCUGAUCUGCAACAGCAGCAUGAAGCUGAAAGCCCCCGUCCAGAGCGUCUCUCUGGAGCAGGACAGAAACAUAAUGGACAUCAACUACUUUGGUCCGAGCAGCCUUGCCAAAGGUAUUCUUCCGGCGAUGAUGUCAAGAAGAUCAGGACACGUUAUACUGGUCAACAGCAUCCAGGGCCGACUGGCGAUCCCAUUCAGAAGCUCGUAUGCGGCCUCCAAGCACGCGGCGCAGGCCUUCUUCGACUGCCUCAGGGCCGAAGUGGAGGAGUAUGGGAUUGUUGUCAGUACCGUCAGCCACACCUUCAUCAACGCCUCUGAGCCGCCGCCCGCCGUGGAGCCAGCUCCAAAGCAAAACAUCCUAACCGAUUACAUCGCCAGCCAGCUCAACCACGGCGUGCGGCCUUCGGUCCUGGCCAAUGAGAUUCUGGAGACGGUGAACAGGAAGAGGAAGGAGGUUGUGCUGGCCCACCCCAUCCCCAGGGUGGCCCUCUACCUCCGUUCCCUCUUUCCUCCCUUUCUCUUCGCUGUGCUGGCGGCCGGAGUGAAGGACUCCGUGUUGGCAGAGCCGACGCAGUAGAAGAAGACGGGAGUAGAUGUGAAAUCAAGCAAAAAUAUUGUCGGUCUCCAAGGUUUCACACUGUUUUCUCUUGCUGCCUAACGCUUUCAGAAUUAUGGAUUGAUUUUGACAGACAACAAUUGAGUGAAUGCAUUAAAAACUGCUGGGUUAAAAAAACACAAAUGAAUUUGGAUUAAUUUUAUAUUACUUUGCGAUGCUCACUGAAUGAUCCAAACCUUGGGUUUGACUCAGCAUGGUGGACUACUCAUUAAAAAUUGAUAAAAGAGA